UCAAGUAGUUUGACAAAGGUUGAAAAUUUUGUUUCAGUGAGACGCUUCCUUUGUUCCCCGACCAUGUCUACUGAGACAUGCCCUUCUGUAAAGAACAUCCUUCUUUUGGAUUCUGAUGGGAAACGUGUGGCGGUCAAAUACUUCAACGAAGACUGGCCAACAAAUAGUGCCAAGGAAAAUUUUGAGAAAGUUGUAUUCACCAAGACUCAGAAGACCAAUGCCCGCACAGAAGCGGAAAUAGCAAUGUUUGAGAAUAACAUUGUUGUAUACAAGUUUGUCCAAGACCUUCACUUCUUUGUCACUGGUGGUGAUAAUGAAAAUGAGCUUAUCUUAGCCACAGUUCUGCAGGCAUUUUUUGAUUCUGUGGGGCUCUUGCUCAGAGGCAAUGUGGACAAGAAAGAAGCACUUGAGAACUUGGAUCUCAUUCUAUUGUGCAUUGACGAAAUUGUUGAUGGCGGUAUCGUUCUUGAAACUGACCCAAAUGUUAUAGCUGGGAAAGUUGCAAGCAAUAGUAUAGAUUCUGGAGCUCCUUUAUCUGAACAGACACUAAGUCAAGCAUUGGCCACAGCCAGGGAACAUCUUGCAAGGUCACUCCUAAAAUGAUUCAUAUGGCAUUUGUCAAUGGAGGAAACAUGUCUUUUGGCUUUUCCUAUAAACGUUUAUAAGAACCUCAUUGCAUUCUUGUACGGUUGAACCAGGAUGAUGUUACUUGCGCUGUGAAAGUUAAUUUUGACAUGCGAAUACAGGCUAUUUACAAUACUUUUCUUGUGAUAAUUUGUUUAUCUAAUUAACCAUUAAAUUUCAGGAUA